AUGCAAAAGGUCAGCAGUCGCAGCAGCAGCAGCACCGGCAGCAUAUGCUGUUGGCUGGUCGGUUUCAGCCUGCUGGUGGUCAUCGUGAUGGUACAGCUGGCCGGCUUUACCCACGCCGAAGCGACCACCGCCCGGACACAGGUUUCGGACGAAGCGCUCGACAAAGCCCUCAGCGACAAGCGGUACCUGAUGCGCCAGCUAAAGUGUGCCCUCGGUGAGGUACCGUGCGAUCCAGUUGGAAAGCGCCUCAAGAGUUUAGCACCGUUCGUACUGCGCGGUGCCUGUCCCCAGUGUACACCGGUAGAGAUGAACCAGAUCAAGAAAACGCUUGCCCAUCUGCAGCGAAAUUUCCCAUCGGAAUGGAACAAGCUUGUGCAGACGUAUGCCGGCUAGAGGA